AUGAUAGAUUUCUUAGAAAUUAGGAAUAAAUUAAAAGAUUAUUAUAGUAUUUAAGAGCAAUAUUAAAAUUCUUAAUUUAAGUAACAAGUAAGUAAGCACAACUACUGAAUGAUUUAAUGAAUAUGAAGUAUAUGAUUAGAAUAAAAAUAUGACAAAUUUACAAAGAGAUUAAAAGAAUUGUAAUAAAAAUAUAAAAGAGUAGGAGAUUUGAUUUCAAAAUUACUUAUUGAAAAUAGUUUGCUGGUUAGAGAAAAUUAGAGUCUUAAACAAGAGAUAAUAAAUUUAAAAGUUUCAGCAAAAAUCCUUUAAUAUCAAAAUUUGUUAAUUCUAGAGUUGAUCAAGUAAUUCAAUGUCAUCCAAUAAAUCAUUUUAUAUGCUCUAAAACUUAUUUACUAUAAUGUUAGAGAUAACUGA